UCCUCCAUUACAGGAUGGCAAUGGCAUCCGCAGCAGCAGCACCACCACAAGCAGUACACCCAGGCCGCGUGCCCUCCUCCACCCUCCUCCUCUUCUCCCGACGGCUUCCGCGCCCUCCUCCAAGGCGGCGCCGCCGCCCGUACAGGCUCCUCGCGGCGGCGUCGGCGCGGGAGAUGCCCUGGCCGCACGUGCUGACGGUGGCCGGCUCCGACUCCGGCGGCGGGGCGGGCGUCCAGGCCGACAUCAAGGCCUGCGCCGCGCGGGGGGCCUACUGCUCCUCCGUCGUCACCGCCGUCACCGCCCAGAACACCGUAGGCGUCCAGGGGAUCCAUGUUGUGCCGGAGGAGUUCAUCCGGGAGCAGCUCAACUCGGUUCUUUCCGACAUGUCGGUGGAUGUGGUGAAGACAGGAAUGCUCCCUUCAAUUGGAGUAGUUAAGGUGUUAUGUGAGAGUCUCAAGAAGUUUCCAGUCAAAGCUUUAGUGGUGGAUCCAGUUAUGGUGUCCACAAGUGGGGAUACUCUUUCAGAAUCAUCUACUAUUUCUGUAUAUAGGGAUGAAUUAUUUGCUAUGGCUGAUAUAGUCACUCCAAAUGUCAAAGAAGCAUCGAGAUUACUUGGGAAUGUACCAUUGCAUACUAUUUCUGACAUGCGCAGUGCAGCAGAAUCCAUUUACAAAUUUGGUCCAAAAUAUGUGCUUGUGAAAGGUGGGGAUAUGCCAGAAUCUUCAGAAGCAAUUGAUAUAUUUUUUGAUGGUAAGGAAUUCGUUGAGCUCCAUGGGCAUCGUAUACAGACCCGUAACACACAUGGAACUGGUUGCACUUUAGCGUCAUGUAUAGCUUCUGAAUUAGCAAAAGGUGCAACAAUGCUGCAUGCCGUUCAGGUGGCCAAGAACUUCGUAGAAUCUGCUCUGCUUCACAGUAGAGAUCUUAUAAUUGGAAAUGGACCUCAAGGACCUUUUGACCACCUUUUCAAGCUAAAGUGCCCUCCAUACAAUGUUGGGUCACAGCCAAGUUUCAAACCAGACCAACUAUUCCUGUAUGCUGUGACAGACUCUAGGAUGAACAAAAAGUGGGGGCGUUCGAUAAAAGAAGCCGUGCAAGCUGCCAUCGAAGGUGGCGCUACCGUUGUGCAACUGAGAGAAAAAGAUUCCGAAACAAGAGAGUUUUUGGAAGCUGCCAAAGCUUGCAUGGAGAUUUGCAAGUCCAGUGGAGUACCACUGCUGAUCAACGAUCGGGUGGACAUUGCCCUGGCAUGCGAUGCAGACGGUGUCCAUGUUGGUCAGUCGGACAUGUCAGCAGGCGAGGUGCGGGAGCUCCUAGGCCCAGGUAAAAUCAUAGGCGUCUCCUGCAAGACCCCUGCUCAAGCCCAGCAGGCCUGGAAUGAUGGGGCAGACUACAUUGGCUGUGGUGGUGUUUUCCCUACCUCGACAAAGGCGAACAAUCCUACGUUGGGGUUUGAUGGCUUGAAGACAGUUUGCCUGGCCUCAAAAUUGCCUGUGGUGGCUAUUGGUGGCAUCAAUGCUUCAAAUGCAGGUUCAGUGAUGGAGCUUGGCCUCCCAAAUCUGAAAGGCGUCGCAGUAGUCUCUGCUCUGUUUGACCGUCAGUGUGUGGCAACCGAAACAAGAAGCCUCAAAUCCAUGUUAAUCAACACCUGCUCCAGAGCCUAGAGAGACAAUAUUCUCGACGCUUGAGAGGAAUAGGUUUGUCAAAAUAAAGAGAUGUUCCUGACUU